AUGCUGUCACCAAGGCCUCGUUCCUGCACAUCUCCCAACCCGGACAGGGAGAACCCAAGCAAAAAGGUCCAGUGGGCUUCAGAGGGGAGGAGGAGGAGGACAUCAUCCACAGACUCGGAGUCCAAGUCCCACACGGACCCUUGCAGGCUGGCCAGGUCCCGGAGACCCAGCCGGCUGACAGUGAAGUACGACUGGGGGCAGCUGCAGCGCUGGCUGGAGAUGGAGCAAUGGGUGGAUGCGCAGGUUCAAGAACUCUUCCAGGAUCAAGCAGAACCUUCUGAGCUGGAGAUUGACCUGGAGGCUCUAAUGGAACUAUCCACAGAGGAGCAGAGGACUCAGUUGGAGGUAGGGUGGGAGAUAGGUCAUGGGGCCUGCUUUAGGCUCAGGGCAACCCAGGAACCCAGGCUUUUGCCUCCUUGGGUGGGGUGUGGGUGGCUGAGUAGGGGCUUGUGGGAAGGUACUGUGUCUUGGGCAUCCACUCUGAUCUCUUUUACUCAGGGCAUUCUCCAAAACUGCUCCCGCCCAACUGAGCCUUUUAUCUCUGAGCUGCUCAGUCAACUGAAAAAACUUCGGAGACUCAGCCGGCCUCAGAAAUAAGCCUCAAGGUUAUCAUCCUCUGCAGCUUCUGCACUGCUGGGUCUGGCAGGACCUCUUAGAUCCUGGCUGAGCAGAAAGCAGCUCUGUGGGACCUAAGGACCAAGGAAGAUGAAGGACACUUGUACGCCUCGAGUGUAUGUGUAGUCAUGGCUGCGUGCUCUGGAGCCAGUCCUAGCUGCUGCCCUGUGCUUUCCUUGGCAGCCAUGUGGAUAAAAUCUUAAGGAGACAAGGCUGAGUCGAGUGUGGACUAUGUUUGUGAUGAGGGGAGGGAGGGUAAGGGAAACCCUGAAGACCAACAACCUAAGUCACUGGACUAUACCCACGCCUUCCCCAACCAUCCAUGCAAACAAGUCUUGAGAAUUCAAAGGUGACAGUCACAGUUCUGUUUUGAAGAGAUCACAAAUUAGUAAGGCCCAGAGUAAGACACAUCAUUCUGGCAUCGCCAGCUAUAGGGGGUCAAAUGGCCAAGACCAGUGAAUCCCAGGGAGGAGGUAACUGGAAACACCUCGCUGGAUUGGGGGCCCUCUGAGGCUGACUCUUUCUUCCCUCACAGUUGAUGCAGGAGGCCUCAGUCUGAGGUCUGUUCAGUUGGCUCCAGUCAUGAGCAGGAAAAGAACAGGUGAGGCCUUGUUGGGUCAUAAGAAGUUAUCAAGAGACAGAUACUCCGUCGGAGUGGCAGGCAAAUUGGGACAGGAACCUGGGAAAGUGGGGCCCCUGUAAGGUAGAAAGUGGCCAUGUCUGCAAAAUUGUUACUACAUGCACUGUCUGGGUGCUAGAAACCCAACAUGAGAGUCUGGCGGCAUACUGGGCUGCCCAGAGCAGGAAGACAGUUCACUUGAAUGAAUAUUCAUGCUUAGUUCUUGAGGCCAGCAGGAUGGG